UCACUUUCUGAUGGAGUCUUUUGAAGCAGAAAAAUUUUUAAUUUCGGUCAUGUCCAAUUCAUCUGUCUUUUGUUGCUUGUGCUUUAGAUGUCAUAUCUAAGAAGGCUUUACAUUAUUUUCAAGUGCACUUGGAGCACUAAACAAAAUUAACCACAUACUGAGUCACAAACCAAGUCUCAGCACAUUUCAAAUGAUUAAAAUCAAUCAUGGCAUAUAUUCUGAUCACAAUAGAAAUAAUGUAGAAAUAAAUAAUGAAAAGGCAACUAGAAAAUCCCCAGCUAAUUGCAAAUGAAGCAGCAGAGUUCUAAAUAAACCAUGGGUCAAGGAAGAAACCACAAAAGAAAUUAGAAAAUAUUUUGACCUGUAUCAUAAUGAAAAUAUAAUAUACCAGCUUAUGGUGUGCACCUAUAGUUGUGCUUGGAGGGAAGCUUAUAGCCUUAAAUGCAUAUGUUAGAGAAGAAGAAAGACUGAAAUUCAAUUAUCUAAGUAUCUCUCUCAGAAGCUACAAAAUAAUAGGCAGUAAAGUGCGGGGGUGGCCACGUGGUUCUCGGGGGCGUGUGUGGGAGACGGAGAGAGGGAGUGGGUCUGUGGAGGAGCCCACGGAACAGGCCGGCCGGGCCCCCUCCCCACCACCGCGGGAGACUCCGGAGGGGCGCCUCGGCUUUGCUGUGCGUUGGGAGGGAGUGAGUGGCUCCAGGUAAGCUCGGAACAGCGCCCCGCGGCCUCGCGUGGGGCCCUCCUGGGUUCGCUGCUGUCGCCGUGUCGCCUGUGUCUGUGACAGGGAGGGUCACAGCUCUGGGCCCUGCGACCAGCCGCCCUUCCCCGCAGGCGUGCGGCGAGCCGGCCUCCCCGGUGACAGCCUCCGCCCUUCCCGCGGAGCGCUGCUGCCCGAUGGCCGUCCCCAGGGGUCCGCUGAGCCCAGUGCCGCGGGUGAAAGUGGAGGGCGAGGAGGCCGGCCUCCCCCAAGGCCAGAAACCCCGCCCGGGCAGCCCCGCAGCGCACCCCGAGGCCGCGCGCCUGCAAUUCCGGCGCUUCCGCUACCGGGAGGCGGCGGGUCCCCGCGAGGCCCUGGCCCGGCUGCGCGAGCUGUGCCGCCUGUGGCUGCGGCCCGAGGCGCGCUCCAAGGAGCAGAUGCUGGAGCUGCUGGUGCUGGAGCAGUUCCUGGACGCGCUGCCCCCCGAGGUCCAGGCCUGGGUGGGGGCCCGGUGCCCCGGGAGCAGCGAGGAGGCGGCCGCGCUGGUGGAGGACCUGACCCGGGCGCUCGGCGACAGAGUGCUGCUUGCCGAGGGCUCUGAAUUUCCCUCCGACGGGAACUUCGGGGAUGGGUGGACAGGCACGGAGCCCCUGACAGCCAGAUCCCAGGGCUCAGCCUCUCCGAAGCCGGGCCAGGUAGAGAAGUGCAAACUGAAGCCCCAGUAUGGGGCCUUGGGCUGCAGCAAGGAGCCAGACAGCAGCAGGGGCCCCCAGCUCCUGGGAUGGGAGCCAGGACCCGAGCCUGCACAGGCAAGCUGCAAGCAGGACGAUUCGGAAGGGUUGGAACCACCAGUCACAGUCACUGGUACCCUCGUGGAAGAUGUCUCCCUGGGGCCCCCCUUUGGAGAUGCAGGUGAACCCAAGGGCAGCUCAGAGAGGUGGGCAGGACUCUCAGAGGAGGCCUGGACAAAAUCUGUUGUCCAAGAGACAGCUUUCAGGAAAACUUCAGGGCCUCACAAGGGUGCCCUCACAGAUGAACCCAGCCAUGGAUGUUCUGCCUCGGGGACCAGUCCCAACAUGUGGCCAGACUGGGCCUCACAAGAGAAGACUCCUUCAGAAGAGAAAUUUGAUUCAUUGGAUGGUUAUGGGACAGAACCUCCACACACACACUCAGAGAGAAAGUCCUCCAAGUGUGGCGAAUGUGGGAAAAAAUUCAGGAGCCCUUCAGCCCUUGAGAUACAUCAGAAAAGCCAUUCUCGGAAGACACCCUACACCUGCAGCGAGUGUGGGAAAGGCUUCGGCCGGAGCACCCACCUGGCCCAGCAUCAAGUCGUCCACACGGGGGCAAAGCCCCACAAGUGUAAAGAAUGUGGGAAAGCCUUCAGCCGCAUCACCCACCUAACUCAGCACCAGAGGAUCCAUACUGGAGAGAAACCCUACGGAUGCAGGGAAUGUGGCAAAACCUUCAGCCGCAGCACCCACCUCACCCAACACCAGCGGGUCCACACUGGGGAGCGGCCCUAUGAGUGUGACGAGUGUGGCAAGUCCUUCAACCAGAGCACACACCUGACUCAGCACCAGAGGAUCCACACAGGGGAGAAGCCCUACAAGUGCAACGCAUGCGGCAGAGCCUUCAGUGACUGCUCGGCCCUGAUCCGACACCUGAGAAUCCAUUCUGGAGAGAAGCCAUAUCAGUGUAAGGUUUGUCCCAAGGCCUUUGCCCAGAGCUCCUCCCUCAUCGAGCACCAGAGGAUCCACACAGGAGAAAAGCCCUACAAGUGCAGCGACUGCGGGAAAGCCUUCAGCCGCAGCUCAGCUCUCAUGGUUCACCUGAGGAUCCAUAUCACAGUGCUGCAGUGACCCAAAAAAACCUUCAGGGUGCAGUGCAGCCUUCCCUUAAAAGCUCAACAUCAGAAAGAAAUGCUGAGUUCUGUAAGAGACAAAGAAUGGAGAGGGUGAUGCAUCCCCCAAACGGACAAUGUGCUUCUGCGCAGGUUCUGGGGCUGUUUGGGAACAGCUCUGUAUUUGUUCCCUUAUAAGGGCACAAUGAUUCAUGCCAGCUAGAGAAGCUUCCAGAAGGGUCCUGCUACCCUCCAUAUCCAUUCAGGCAUACGCCAAAAAGAGAACAACUGAACUGGGAAUUUGGAUUUGUCCUCAGAGCCUUUCAAAAGAAGCCAAACUCUCAGGGCAGGCAGGGUGAAGUGUCUGUCAGGGCUCAGUGGUCCCAACAUGCUUUGGGCAGGGAGUUCCUGUCCUGCUUAGCCCAGGAGAGAUGCCUGCCUGCACCCGCCCCUGUGCCUUUGUGCCCCCCUAUUUCAUGCCUAACCCCAGGGGCCCCCGGAGAGGCCGCCUCUUCCAUCAGGCCUCGGGCAGGCCCCGUCUCCUGUUCUGCCUUAAUGGACGGUGCUGUUUGAGUUUGCCCAUCACCACUUUCUCCUUCUCCCUCCAUAGCCCACCAGGCCCUGGCCCUCAUGGUUUUAACUAAAGCUCAUCUUUAAUCCA